UAGAGAAAUGAGAUCGAGAUAUGGUUCGUAUUUGUUAAUAUAUUUUGUAUGUGUAUAGCCCAGAGAAGAAAGGCGAGGGCGUAUCAGAGACUGAGCCAGUGGAAGGUGACGUACAAGGGAACGUACAAAUCAAGAUGGUGGUUAGCAACGGAAAGCGCGCAAGUGACAGAUCGUGGAAGCAAGUUUGGGGGGUACUAAAUGGCACCAAGCUGUAUCUGUACCGACACCACCCGAGCCAGAGUCCCGGCGCAGUGAGUGGUCCGGGCGGUGACGCACAGAGCGGCUCUAGGGACGCACUCGACGUUCGCUACUCCUUAGCAGCCCUGGCCGAUGAUUACACCAAGCGGAAACAUGUGGUGCGCGUCACAACCGCCGCCGGCGCAGAAUUACUGCUGCAGGCGGAAGGUGCAGCAGACGCACAGAGAUGGCUGGCGGCAUUGAGACGGCAUUCAGCGGAGCCUCCCCCCGCGGAGCCCGCGCCCGCACCCAACACCCCCGCGCCCCUCACGGUGCCCACCAACCAACAAACAGAGUGUCCAUCGCCAUUGCCGCCGCAACGCAGCAAGAAAAUCGGCAGGAACAGGUCGCCAACAGUGCCAACAAUUGCAGGUCCCCCCACGCCGACUCUUCCCUCGUCGCCGAAAAACAAAACGUGGAAGGGACGAAUGGCGAAGCAACUGAGAAGGAUGCACGGCGGGGCGAGCAGUGCUGCCCCCGCUGCCACAGGAUGGUUGGGCGCUCCUUUAGAACGGUGUCCAUCAGAUCCUGAACAUCCUUACGUACCGCGAGCGGUGACGCUGCCCGCACAUGCCGUUGAGGUUAGUAUUGAAAAUUAUAUAGCGUUGGAAAAAAAAAAUAUCUUUAACAACAUUCUAAUCUGCACCCAUUGCCAUGCGUCGUUGAAUUCCGGUCCACAGCCUCCUGUGCGAUCUUUAUUUGCUUGCCAAAGAUUGGAAAAACCCUGAGAGUUAUUUAGAAAAGAAUGUGUAAACCUUGUUAUAGCACUGAAAAUUAAAUUCAUUUUUUUUAAAUAGGUGUGCAUUGAAAAUAGUAAAACUAAAACAUCCUAUAUGUAUGGGCGUGAGUCACAAAUUUGACUUGUGCAAACUCUAAUCGGUUUCCAUACGUUGAUCAGGCGUACGGUUUGCGGACGGUGGGCGUGUACCGCGUGCCGGGUAACGCGGCGGGCGUGGCCGCGCUGGCUGCAGCGUUAGACCGCGGGGAGCCGCCGCCGGCGACGGACGCGCGCUGGGCGGAUGUACACGUCGCCUCUUCGCUGCUGAAGGCGUACCUGCGUCGGCUACCUGACCCACUACUCACUGCUGAACUAUACCCGGCGUUCAUCGCGGCUGACCGGUCGCCAGAAAGAGCGCGCGAGCUAAGGCGCCUUGUUCACGCGCUACCAGAAGCUCACUACGAAACACUCAAGUACCUGAUCCAGCACCUGCGCAAAGUGGUCGCACACUCCGCCUACAACAAGAUGGAGGCGCGGAACCUCGCUAUUGUGUUUGGGCCGACGCUAGUCCGCGCUGCGAGCGAUGAUAUGCUGGCAAUGGUCAACGACAUGUCCAGCCAGUGCCGCAUCAUAGAAUCAUUCUUAACUCAUUACGAUUGGUAUUUCGAGGAGGAAGAGGGCGAGCCUCCUGUGGACCCUCCUCCCACCGCGGAGGAACUGUCUCCAGCGCCGGCGCCCUCUCGCGACCUUCUCAUACACAAUGUUAAGAAAAUAGAAGGCAAGGACGUAUCGACGCGCGACAUAGUGUCAUCGAUAAUAUCGGCGGCGAAUCGCAAGAUCCAGCGCAAACCGCGCAAGGACAAGAAGUGGGAGGACAAGGCGGCCUCCCCCCCGCGCUCCCCUCCCGCCCACCUCACCACCGCGCUCGCGCACUACGACGGCCUGCCGCACGACGCGCUGCACAAAAUCGACAUCGAAAGUAUGACAGCGCUGAAUCGAGGUCGGCACGAAACCUUCACAAUAGACGGGGCCGGCGACCUCGUGUCCUCUCUGACGAGCACGUUCGACCAGAAGCUGCGGUCGCUGAACAACUCGUCGCCGCUCGACGACGGCAGCAUCCCGUACGCGGACGAGGGCCAGGACGAGAACGACGACGGCAAGUCCAGCACCUCCCCCUCCUCGGGCAGCGACCGCGCCUCCCCCGCCUCCCCGCCGUCGCCCGCCGCGCGCGCCAGCGAGCUCAAGGCGGCGUGGCUCGCGCGCGACCUCCGGAACUCCUCCUCCAGCAGCGACGAGCCCGACCGCGCGUGGCCGCGCCGCUGUCUCCCCGCCGACGACGCCGACGACUCCGAGAAGGAGAACUGCUCGCGGCCCGCCCCGCCCGCCGCGCCCCGCCCGCGCUCGCCCUCCGCCGGGGCCGCGGACGCCCGCGACCGCGACGAGCCCGACGCGGACCUCGACCGCGCCAAGCCGAAGCGCACGGAGUCGCUCAACAGGGACCCCGCGCGGCCCGACGCGCGCGUCCUCCGCUCCGAGAGCCUCAACUGCCGGCCGCGGCCGGAGCCCGAGCGCGAGUGGGCGGCGGCCGCGUUCCGCCGGCGCGACGUCGCCGCCUGGCGCUCGACCAAGCUGAAGAGGAAGAACGGCAUGCCGGAGCGCGGCAUCAAGCGGCGGCACACGGUCGGCGGCACCAAGGACUUCGACAAGGACGGCUGGAGCGCGCGCCACACGCGCACCUCCUCCCCGGACCUGACGGCGGACGGCGUGUGGCCCGCGCCGCUGGUGCCGCCGCCGCGCCCGCCCCUCGAGUCCCACGUGUGACCCGCCCCCGCCCCCGCCCGCGCCCCCGCCCCCGCCCCCGCCCCCGCGCACUCGCUCUGAGCGCGCCCGAACCGGUGCAGAUUCGGUGGUGCUUUGAAACUGACGAGCGCCGGUCUAGAAGUCCGAUCGAGCCGCGAACGCGUCGGUCCCCGACUCCUUCGCCUGACUUCGACGAUUCGAGGGGAUUCCCCGUCGGGUGUCGAAACGAUCCUGCGGUUCGAAGCUUUCGACUAGAGAGAGGCUAUUAAUUUUGAUUUGACUCAAUCGACUGAAUAGAUUAGGUCCCGAGUAAACUCGACUAUACCCGUUGCCGGUGAACGACGAUCCUCUAGUUUGAGUCGGCAGUGAACAGUGUGAAUUUUAAAUUCCGCCGGCCUUCAAACCGUUCCCGUUUAACGAAAACUAGGUUAAUGUUAUUAUGAUAAUAUACGGAACGAAAGAGAUUCAUGACUCGCUAUGUAAACAGUGCAAUACGAUGAAGAGAUGCAGUAGAGAUUUGUCGGUGGAAGAGUAAACGAAAUUAGCUCACUAUUUAUAAUGCCAAAGAAUGAUAAAGUUGGUGACUUGAGUCGUGCGUGUCAGGAUUACAGACAUGGUGGUGAAAGGAAUGCGAGGCUCACGCUGUCCCACAUCAACGAAGCGACCGUAUCGAGGAAGUGAACACAGACUUGAAAUAAUAGCAGAGUAUUUUAAUGUGUACAUAAUAAAACUACCAAUAUCGUUAGAGCGUCCCGCGAUCUACAUUUUAUUUGUAGAGCGACUCCCUUUGUAGGUGCUGAACUACUAUUUACGGAGUCUCCGUGGGAUAGAAAUAUGAGUGCAAAAUUAAAUGCAUAAUAUAACAUGUAGAUAAAAUUAGUGCUACUAGAUUAUAGUUAGUACAGAUGAUAAAAUUUUAUUGGAUUUUCGUCAUUAUGCGAAUAUUUAAUUAAUAAGUACCUACAAAGGUAUAGAAAUAUGACCACACUCUUAUAACACCACUUAAAUUUAAGUAAUGUUUAGAUAUAAAUGUUAGGUAGACCUUCAUAGAAAUUUCAUAAUAGACUAUUGAUUAAUAAAAUAUUAUGAUGAAAGCGUACAUCACCUACUUGCCUUUACAAUAGUGGUAGCCGAUUUGAAUUCUAUGCACAAUUUUCAAUUAAUUUCAUAGAAUAACUGAAUAUUUUAACGUAUUACGAAGUUACCUGUAAUAUUUCAUCGUUAUUAAAAGUCUUGAAUGCUAUAACUAUAAUUAAUAGAUUUUUCGCUAAUUAGUUAAAUAGAUAACAAUGAAAGGCCGCUAUUUUAUAUGUGAAGGCUUUGAUUUAACAAAAUUAUUAUUGUAAAUAUUAAAUGCAAUUAUUAUAAACAUAAUAUAACGUUAUAUCGUAUUCGCUAUUACUUCAAUAUGUUUAUCCAAUAGCGUUUUAACUAAAACUAAUUGACGUAACACUACACAGUGAUAAUUUUAAAGUGAUCCCUUAGCUUUGUAAAAAUGUACAAUUCUUUUAUGGUUAAUUUAUAUUAAAUUUGUUAUCGUAGCUUUGUUGAAUGCAAUUAUUUUUUAUUGUUUUGUUUAUGUAUCAAAGAGAAGUAUUUUAGGCUAAAUUUUGAUUGUUAUUUAUUUUCGGAUGAUGUAAAAAUAUGCGAUUCGGCACAACUUCCUUUUUUUUUAAAAAAAAUACGCAACUAAAUACAUUUGUAAAUAUUUUUUUUCAUAAAUGAUAUUCGACUUCUUUAACUUUUUUUAAAAUUUUAUACUUACCAUCUUUACAUUAAGACGAUCUCAAGUUUGUUGAAUGUUUGCAAAGCGUUCCUUUUAAAGUUUUAUUUGUAAAUAUUAUCAUUUAAUGUAGGAACAGUGAAUUUACUAAUUUUACUGAAUAUUGUAAGUAGAAGGUAGGUGUCAUUAGCGCUAGCGGAUAAGCCUCCGCUUAAAUAAACCCGUUUAUAAAAGACAUGAUGCUCCAAGAGAGAGCUCGCUCGAGUGUCUGCUUACAAGUGAUUUGUAUUCAAGUCUUAUUAAUUUUCUUCGUGUAAUCAGCUAUGAAAUUCAAAUAAUCAUCUGUUAAAGACAUUAUGCAAAUGCGGUAUGAUCUACAUUUACAAUAUACUUGUCAUUGUGUAUAUUUUGGAGCAACGGAAAUAAAAUAUUGAUUCAAUU